AUGAACAACUGGCGUACUGUUUGCCAUUGGGGACCGUUAAUUGCGAUUUCGGUGAUCUUGGCUAUUACCAGUUCUACGAUCUAUUGCAGUUUAUUAUGGUGGCCCAUUCAUACCCAAGGUGGAAUUAUUAAUUUAACGCUAUUUCUAUCAUGGGUUGUAGCAACAUUUUAUAAUUUCUUUCGAGCGAUUCAUUUGGGCCCUGGCUAUGUACCAGAAGGUUGGCGACCGCGGAAAAAAUCAAAUGAGAAAUUUUUGCAAUAUUGCAAAAUUUGUCUUUCCUUCAAAGUACCACGAUCCCAUCACUGCCGAAGAUGUAAUCGGUGCGUUAUGAAAAUGGAUCAUCAUUGUCCCUGGAUUAACGGUUGCGUUGGCCAUUUUAAUCACAAAAAUUUUACCCUCUUUCUCUUCUUUGCACCAUGCGGUUGUAUACAGUCAACUUUUAUCUUGAUUGCAUACUUUAUCCAUUUUAUCAGAACGGGAGGUGUAGCCUAUUAUAUCAACAACGAUGACUAUUUUAAUGUAUUUGGAGUAAUCUUUGCUAUGGUCACAGUCGGUUUGUCCAUUGGAGUUAUUUUAGCAGUAGGAAUGCUACUUUAUAUACAGCUUAAAUCUAUAAUCAGAAAUGAAACUGGAGUGGAAAAUUGGAUUAGAGAUAAGGCUAAUUAUCGGAGAAGUAAAGAUGAAAAAUGGUUAUAUCCGUAUCACUUAGGAUACUGGAGGAACAUCUUAGAGGUAUGUAAUGGAUGCAGUGAGCCUAAAGGCGAUGGAAUAGUUUGGACUGUCAGAGAAGGCUGUAAUCAAUAUACGAUGACCAUAGAGCAACUUGAACAGAAGCUCGAAAAGAGAGACAGAACGGUAUCGUACGUUGCUGUAAGAAAGUACAAUGGCAGUUUCAUUGCCUGGAGGCACGGAAUUCGAGUAUGUUGUUCAUUACCUAUAAAUGAUGAUCCAAGAAUUUCUAUAAGUGUUGGUGAUAAAAUUAUGAUCACGAGGGCCACAAAGCGAUGGCUUUAUGGAAAUAAAGUGCUAGAUAAAAGUACUGAUGCUGAAGGCCGAGAAAUAAGGGUUAGAGGCUGGUUUCCAAGACAUUGUGCUGAACGUGAAGAAGAUACCAUGAAGAAGAACGAAUAG